UCGGCGAGUACGAUAUAAGAAGAGUCGUAAGGAAAUUGCGUUGAUCUUUACGGAAAGCAAGAAAGCGACGAGGACUUAUCUUAUCUCUGAACGAUAUUACGUUACCUUAAUCGGUUGUCUAUAGAUUCCAGUCCAGCGGCAGAAUUUCGAGGAAUUGUGCACACGCGGCAAGUCUUUCUGUGAACAAUUUCGCUCAAAUAGAUAUGUCGUGUUUGAGAUCGAGUUAUUUAUCGACAGAAUGAGUUUUGAGCUGGAAAAAAUACCCGAUAACGACGGACAAAGUAGUUCCUCAUCUAAUGAAACAGAUGAAGAUGAUGCCACUCUCCCGGAACCGUCAGAAUCAUUCGUUGUGAACGAAAUCACUAAAAAAUUCGAAGAAUUACGCCAGCGACGAGAAGACCUACAUAAGGCUUUCGUGGAAUGGAUACCAAAGAGGAAAAACACCAGAGACCAACUGCAAGAGUUGGCCACAAAACUUCACGAACAUCAUAGAAAUGUAAAUAUAUCAACCGUCACAGGGGCGUCCUUGGGUACUGUGGGAGGAGUCCUUUCAAUUGCGGGCCUCAUCGCUGCACCCUUCACCUUCGGAGCCGGGCUCGUAGUCUCACUCGUUGGCGCCGGGAUUGGAGGCACGGGAGGUCUGGUGAUGUCUGGUUCCAAAGUAGUUGAGAUAAUUCUCACGAAGUUAGGAUUAAAAGAAGUACAAGAAGCCAUUGAUGUGGACAGGGAAGCUUGUGCGCAACUGCAAGAAAAGUUGGAAACUCUUGAGAACUUCAUCUACGACCUAGCAGAGUUUCUGAAACCUCUUCACGACGAUGCACAGUUAAAAAGAGAAUUAGAAGGCAGUGGUUUUACAUUCCUUCAAAAUCUAGCCUCAAGUGAAUUCGCGACUUCUCCCGAAGAGAAAGUGGAAUUCGGCGCCAGAUUCUUCCGGGUUUUUUCGUCCGCGGCGUCAGUCUCGGCCUCAGCGUUCGCUACCGCGGGAACUUUGGCGCGAAGCGCGGCUUUGGCAGGAACACGCGUUGCACACGUGGCCGGUUCAAUAGUAAGCGCGGCUCUUCUACCUUUGGACAUCACUUUACUAGUGAAAUCGUCUUUAGAGCUUCAAAGAGGCUCAACUUCUAAGGCGGUGGAAGAUAUCAGGCAGAUUUUAAGCGAGCUGGAAUGCCCAGAAGAGGAAGAGAUUCAACUCAUGGUGGAGAGUUUUAUCGACGAAAAGUUUACUGAGGCCUAUAAUGAUGACAUAGGCAAAGGCGAAGAUGACAAAGGCAAAGAUGACAAAAGCAACGGCGAAGACGCCACAGGAAAACCAAAAAAUGGUGGCGCGAACAAUGAUUACAUUUUAUUGCCAGAAGAAGUUUAUGUCCAAGUCAUAACGAGAUUCCGAGAAUUAGACCGGUUGGGGGAAGACUUGAUUAACACCUUUAAGCAGUGGAUACCGAAGAGGAAACGCACUAUGGAAAAACUGGAGGAACUUGCAUCCAAAUUACACCAGCAACAUAUAAAUGUGAGUAAAUCGACCAUAGCAGGUGCUUCCGCGAGUACCGUAGGAGGAAUCCUAGCGAUAGCGGGCCUGAUCGCCACGCCCUUCACUUUUGGGGCCGGGCUUGUGGUCUCCCUCGUUGGCGCCGGAAUUGGAGGCACAGGAGGCCUGGUGAUGUCUGUUUCCAAAGUAAUCGAGAUAAUCCUCGCAAAGCUAGGAUUGAAAGAGGUUCAGGGAGUCAUUGACGAGGACAAGGAAGCUUGCACGCAACUGCAAGAAAAGUUGGACAUCCUUGGGAGGUUCAUCUCCGACUUCAGAGAAAUAGAAAGCAAUGGUUUUGAAUUUCUCCACAAUCUAGGCGGAGGGGAGUUCACGACUUCAACUGAGGAGAAAAUAAAUUUCUCUGCCAGGUUUUUCCGAGUGUUUUCGGGUGCGGCUUCGAUAGGGGCAGGAGCUGUUGCUGCAGGUGCUUUCGCUCGAGCUGGGGGUCUGGUGAGAGCGGGUGCUGCCGCGGGCGCGGGCGCGGCCAACUUAGUCGGAGGAGUUGCUGGCGCCGUGCUGUUACCUCUGGAUAUCUACUUGCUGGUGAAAUCGUCUUUAGAGGUGCAUAGAGGCUCAACUACGCAGGUUGUGGAUCACAUCAGAAAGUUACUAGGCGAAUUGGAAUGCCCAGAGGAAGAGGAGAUUCAGGAGAUGGUACGGAAAUUCAUCACCAAGAAAAUAAGGGAGGCCUUGAAUGAUGGGGAUUCAAACGAAAUAUAAAGAGAAAACGGUGAUGACUUAAGACAGGCCGAAACUGUAGCGAUUCAUUAAUCAAAGAGGAACGUCAGUAGCGAUAACAAUAGAAUGAAACCUUGGUGAAGCAGAUUAGAGCCUUUGUUAAAUAAGUUUUUUGUCGUAGAUUGGAAAACUGUGCACCCCUGUAAGUCGUGUCCAGUUCAGCGAUUCAAUGUGUUAAACGGUAAAGCCGCAGAAUGUUGAGUA